AACGCGUCAGAAGGAGGAGGUCGGACACUCUUCGCAGCUGCACACUUCCGGUCUUUUAGGUAAAUUUGCCUUCCGAUAGUGAGUUAAUGUUCAAGUCGUUUCUCUUUUCAUGAAAACAGGAUUUCAUUUGUAAUCGCAGAAUGGCAGUCCCGACCUCUCCGCACAAUCGCCGACGGCCCGAGGACGAAGACGAUCCAGUGGACCGUAUGGUUGAUCGGACGGGCUGUGGCGAACACCACUACGCCGUGCAAGACUGCAUGGCGAAGCACCAGGACUGGCGGGAGUGCCAGCCGCAAGUUCUCAGCUUCAAGGAGUGUAUGGCGGCGUACCAGAAGGCAAGGAAGGAGCAGCUACUGAGGAAAAGACUAACAGAAACAUCAUAGCGACGAGGCCUGGAAAAAAGAAAAUCAUAAAACCCCAGUACACUCUGCAAGAGGACUUUUCAUCUUUUGAUUCAUGCAAUAUUGUAAAUUUGAAUGUAUCCCCCUCAAACUUUUUUGUCACUGAGGGUCUAUUAUCCCCAGCUUUUAGGAAUACAAUGUGGGGAUGAAGCUACUGAUAUAUUUAAACUAAUGACCCAAACAGUGUAUAAUAUUUAAUUUAUUGCCCAUGAUUGUUACUUAUUAUUUUUGUAAUAAAUGUUAGGCAAUACAACAGCA